AUGUCGCAUAAUCCCAAUCCAAAUGCUAAUACAUCAGGUUUUAAUUAUCCAAGUGCAGCUGGUAUACCAACAAAUACCGAUCAAACACAUGUAGGUAUUUUACCUACAAUAAAUUCCUCAACGAUAGAAUCACCAUCAAUGGUACCCAUAACAACAACAACAACACAAUCAAAUUUAACUGAUCAUGUAGGACCAUCAAUUGAUCUACAUUAUGGGAAAUUAAAUGAUGAACAUGGUGGAGCUGGAACAAGAGCAGAUGAUCGUAAAGGUGAAAAUGUUAAAAAUGAUGGUUAUACAGCUACACCUGUCACUCAAAAAGUACAUCCAUAA